GAGGAAAAACCCCGCUUAUAUAGUGCACUCAGUGUUUGUCACGCUACUGCGGUGUCCUUAGAUGUUGCGCACGCCGCACUAGCGCUAUAAAGUAGCCGGCUCAGCUGGUUGAGGCCGGUUUUCGAUCCUGCUGCUGCAUUUUAGCGUCUUUUAAAUUACCGUGUAAAAUGAGAGUGUGAGAUGGCGCAGAAAGACACGUUAUUACAUCUCUUUGCCGGGGGAUGUGGUGGUACAGUGGGUGCCAUUGUGACCUGCCCACUAGAGGUAAUAAAGACGAGACUACAAUCAUCAGGUAUCACACUCAGACCGGUGUUUCAUGUGCAACUUGGUACUGUCAGCGGGACUGGCGUUAUUAGACCGGGACCAGUAACGCCUAGCGUCUUGCAGGUCCUACGGUCAAUUUUGGAAAAAGAAGGGCCAAGUUCACUGUUCCGAGGACUGGGUCCAAAUCUGGUUGGCGUUGCUCCAUCAAGGGCAAUAUAUUUUGCAGCCUACUCGAAGUCAAAAGAGACCUUCAAUGGCAUAUUUGUGCCAAACAGUGGAGCAGUGCACAUGUCUUCAGCUGGGAUUGCAGCAUUUGUAACAAAUUCCUUGAUGAACCCUGUCUGGAUGGUCAAAACCAGGAUGCAGCUUGAAAAGAAGGCACGAGGAGAGAAGAAGAUGAACGCAUUACAGUGCGCACGCUACGUAUACAGGACGGAAGGUAUACGAGGCUUUUACCGGGGCCUCACUGCGUCGUAUGCUGGAAUCUCAGAGACCAUGAUUUGCUUCCUUAUCUACGAGACACUGAAGAAACACAUGGCAGAAAGUCGACUCGUGUCAACCAACAGCAAUGGAGAAAAAAGAGCCUCUGACUUCCUGAGCCUUAUGCUAGCAGCUGCUUUUGCUAAAGGCUGUGCCUCCUGCAUAGCAUAUCCACAUGAGGUUAUUCGGACGAGGUUGAGAGAAGAAGGCAGCAAAUAUAAAUACUUUUUCCAAACGGGUCGCCUGGUGGCAAUGGAGGAAGGCUAUGCUGCUUUUUACAGAGGACUCAUUCCACAGCUUAUUAGGCAAAUUCCAAACACAGCUAUAGUGCUUUCCACCUAUGAGCUCAUCGUCUACCUGUUGGGGCAGCCCUCCAAAUGAAGAACAGCAAAACUUGCACAAAGAGACUUUUGGACCUGCAAUUAAACAUGGGGAAAAUGAAA